AUGGCGCCGAGUAUCUCUCUCCUCGACAACAAAAAAGGACGUUCAUCACCACCAGCAGAGGAUUUUGGCGGCGGCGCUGUCCAACCCCCCAAUGCGACCAGAUUCGACACGCAAGAUGGCUACCCCGGUGGAGUCAAUUCGAAAAAGGUGAAAUUCGGGGACCGCAGAGGCAUGCAGCAGGCGGCCCCAUCGCAGACCUUGAAAGAUCGUCUGAUGGUUGGCGAUACCUCCUUUUUUAUAGGCCGCGAGAAGCCUGCCAGGCCAACGAAAUUCCCCAGACUCAGCAAACCGGUGCCUCUCAUCAGGCACGAGUACGAUGUUGUCGUAAUCGGAUCUGGUUAUGGUGGCGGUGUUGCGGCCAGCAGAGCUUCAAGAGCUGGAAAGAGCGUGGCAAUCCUGGAACUUGGCAAGGAAAAAUGGCCCGGUGAAUAUCCCAGCAACUUGGUUGAAGCCUUGCCUGAAGUCCAUGUAUCGGGCAACGCAGGUAGAGAUAGCGGUCCACUAAUUGACGUCGCUUUGGGUGGCGACACGGGCUUGUAUCAUUUGAUACUUGGUGAAGGCCAGAAUGCUUUUGUGGCCAACGGCCUGGGUGGAACGUCGCUACUCAAUGCCAACGUUUUUCUUGAAUGCGAUGAAAGGACUCUGCAGUUGGGCAACUGGCCUAAAGAAAUCCGUCACCAGCCGAAGGAGCUCGACAGGUAUUACCAACUUGCCAAGGAUAUGCUUCAGCCGGCCGAAUACCCCGAAUCCUAUCCGCAUCUGAACAAGCUUUCCGUCCUGGAGAAGCAGGCCAUCGCCCUCGGCCAGAAAGAAAACUUCCGCCGUGUGCCUCAGACAACUUUCUUCAAGAACGGAUUUAACAAUGCUGGCGUCGAGAUGAAGGCAUCAACCGGUUCCGGUCAAGAUUGUACGGGCGUCAACGACGGGUCCAAGAACUCUGUUCUCAUGAACUACAUUCCCGACGCCUGGAACCACGGCGCAGAAAUAUUCUGCGAAUGCGAAGUGCGUUAUGUUCUGCCGGAUCCAUCUGGGAAAGGGUAUAUCGUCUACUAUUCUUGGCACGGUGAUGAACGCAAAGCAUUCAAGAACGCAUUCCACAACGAUCUGAUGUGGGUCCGCGCAAAAGAGCUCUGUGUCCUUGGUGCUGGAUCUAUUGGAAGCACGGGAAUUAUGCUCCGCUCAAAGGCACAUGGACUGAAAACCUCCCAAUUUGUCGGACAGAAGAUGUCGGGAAACGGAGACAUCCUCGCUUUUGGCUACAACACGGACGAAACCGUCAAUGGCAUUGGCAGCGAUAAGCCUCAAUCUGAACGGCCCCCUGGUCCUACCAUCACUGGUGUUAUCGAUAACCGGGGCCCGAAAACAUCACCAAAUGUUCUGGACGGACACGUCAUUGAAGAAGGCGCUAUCCCAUCAGCAUUAGCACCAGUUCUCCAGGCCAUGCUGGAGGCAUGUCCCGGCAGGAUUUAUCCCACGCACUAUGCAUAUGUCGAGAAAUUGCGCCACCUGUUAUCGCGGACCAAGAACAGGCUUGUGGGACCCUAUGCCACAGGGAGCUCAGUGAAUCGAACACAGACGUAUCUGAUCAUGUCUCACGACAGCAAUGAGGCCAUACUAUCACUUGUUGACGACAAGCCGUAUCUCCAGUUCUUUGGGGUCGGCAGAACCAACCAUGUGAAAAAGCUGAACAACGUCCUUGCUAAGGCAACCGAUGCAAUCCGGGGCACUAUGAUCAACUCUCCGUUCUACGCCGCAUUUGACAGCAACGAAGAGAUCACGGUCCAUCCGUUGGGCGGACUGGUCAUGGCCAGAAACGGCGAGGGGAACACCGGUGCCACCAACCACUUUGGAGAAAUUCUCAAGGGCGACGGCGAUGAAGCCCACGAGGGCCUUGUCUGCGUUGAUGGUGCUGUUAUACCGACAGCUUUAGGUGUAAACCCUUUCGCGACUAUCACAGCUCUUGCCGAACGAACAAUGGAUAUCCUCGCGAAGCGACACAAAUGGGUCAUCGAUGAGUCUCGAAAUGGUCCCUUGAACCUUUUCGGUGAACCGAAAACAGCUCUUCCCAUGACGCCUGACAUCCAAGAUGCGGACAGAUUGAUCCAAUCUAACAGUACUGGAGCUGGAGUACGAUUUACAGAGAUCAUGGAAGGACACAUUCAUGUUGGGGAAGACAUUGGCGAUUUCCAGGCGGCGGAGCGAGUGGCCAAAGGGAGGUCCAGCGCGGCUCGGUUCUAUCUCAGUGUUGAUGCGUUCAAUGUAAACGACUUGAUCCAACACCCGAACCAUGCCGCACUCGCAACUGGGACAUUUUCCUGCGCGGCGCUGUCAAGGGAUCCUUUGCUUGUGCUCCGUGGUGAAGUGGGGUUCUUCACUGCUGAUGAAACUGUCUCCGACAGGUCAAACUUGGUAUACAAGCUGGACAUGGUAAGCACCGAGGGGAAGGAGUUUUUCCUGUAUGGCUACAAGGAGGUGGACUCGACCAUGGCCUUUUCUGUGCGGAAAACCUGGCACGCUACAACCACACUGUACACAACCAUCACACACGAACAAAAGGUCAUUGGCCGAGGGAUGCUGUAUAUCUCCUGGAGAAAUUUCGCUUCUGAGCUUCUCAGCUUCGGUAGGACGGGAGGGAGCCUGCUGCAAAGCAUUCUACCCACCGCGGCCUUCCUCGGAUACUUCGCAAGGAAUACGGCGGAUUACUUCCUGGGCCCUCUGAGAAUGUUGAGUUUCCCGCAUGAGGCCCCCUAUGGUGGAGAGUCCAAGAAACCGCAACCGGCUGAGACCAUUACCCUUACUACCAAGGACAACGUGGUGGUGGAGAUGAAGGUUUGGCGAGCGCAGACUCAGAAUGCAUUACGACGACCUAUCCUCAUGGUUCCUGGUGCAUCCGUCGACGAGCAGAUUUACGCCCUGCCGACUAUCAAGACAAACGCAGUCGAAUACUUCUUGUCCAAGGGCCACGAUGUGUACAUCGUCGUCUUGCGAGUAGGCCGCACUCCAACUGCGAAGCGAGGCUACACCGCAUUUGACGCACGCCUCGACGUCAAGGCCGCAGUCGAGUACAUCUACAAGGAGCACGACAACACGACAGAGACCAAAAUGUACGUCAUCUGCCACUGCCUCGGCGCAGUAGCCACAUCAAUCGGCCUCCUGGACGGCAGCAUCACCCCCUCGCACAUCAACGGCCUCUGCGCCAGCCAAGUCUUCUUCGCGCACCGCUUCGGCCUCUUCAACACCAUCAAGUCCGCCACGACGCUACUUCCGCGCAUCUACAGCGCCAUUGCCGGCUCGUGGUUCCCGACGGUGACGUCGUGGUCGCCCGUCUCGACGUCGCUGAUCCAGCGGCUGUUGGACCAGGUGCUGCGCUUCUACCCGGUCGGCGCCAAGCACGAGCUGUGCAACAGCACCGUCUGCCACCGCAGCUCGCUGGCCUUCGGCCGGCUGUGGUCGCACGAGAACCUCAACCGCGCGACGCACUCGCGCCUGGCAAGCUUCGUCGACGGCAUCCACAUGACGACCCUGACGCACCUCAUGCGCAUGGGCAGCCACGGCGGCGCUCUGGAUAACGAGUUCAACCCGCUCGUCACUGAGGCGAAUCUGCUGCGCUUGCAGGGCUUGCCCAUUCUGUUCAUCAGCGGCAACAAGAACGUCGUCUACGAUCCGGAGUGCACCAAUACCAGCUACGACAUGCUCAGGGACCGAUUCGGGACUGACGAUUACGAGCGCAGGGUUCUCCCGGGGUAUGGCCAUCUCGACUCUUGGAUGGGCGUGAAUAGCGCCAGGGAUGUGUAUCCGAUUGUCUACGAGCAUGUUCUUGAAACCUCCAAGUAUGAGGUGAAGACAAAGGGCACGUGGCGAGAAUAA